AUGGGUGACAGCCCGGACGCUGGGCUAUUGCCUUUACUGGGACGCAUUGAAGGAACAUUUACUUACCGUCAUUAUCAACUGACACAAGCGUUAAACGAGAAUUUAAUGAACAGUUUUGUCACUUGGUGUAUGCAUCGACUAGUGCUUAUCUCUUGUCGACCGGUAUUCACUUACCACCUGUCCGCAGUGAGUGUGAUCAUGCGCAAGGUGCUUGUGAUGUUGGAACGUCAUCAUUUGAACCUUUUCCUCGGUCAAUCCACCAGACUGCUCCGACUGUUAAAUGAUGUUUUGCAUGCCAUGAAUCGAUUCGAUUUGGGCGCACAGUCUGAUUGUUUUCAUUUCACCGUGAACUGCUUCACUCUACCGGAGGCACAACAAUUGAUUCCCAGCAAAGAUAAGGAUAAUGGUCUAAACCUGGAGACUGAUCCUAUCACACUUUUGGAUUUGCGGUCGGCGUAUCUAUGUCAAACCUUAUCCACAGCCGUGGUCAGCUUCUAUUCGUAUAUGCCUCAACUGGUCUUGAACGCCUGUCACACGUUCGGAAUGAUUGUGGAACUUUGUGAUAUACCAAGCAAACACUGCGCCUUGGAAGCGUUGUUGCACUCGGGUUCCUGUAUUCUCCCAAGCACAACCAGUCUCACAUCCACUCCGCCUUCAAUCGUACUCCUCAUGGCGGUGGAUUGUCUUCAGCGCGCAGUCGUACUAUCCGCAUCUACCCUGUCCGACUGGUUUGAGGGUCGCUUGCCAAUGCCCCCGGAUGAAAUGGCUGCUGUUGAUCUGGCCGGUUUCGAGCAAUUAGUUGUGGUCGAACGAUUGCUCAUGCAGUUUUGGACCUCCAAAACGGAACAUACCGCACUUCGUGGCGUACUCCUAGACUAUGUGGCCUGUUCAGAUGUUGCCAACAGUUCACCGGAUCACUCGAGACAGCACAAUCAUCAGGAAAUCACAAUCAGUUUGCAGGACGGCAUUUUGACAGGCCUGUUUGGAGUAUGCGAUGUUCUUCCCGAAUGGACAAACUACACGGUGCCCAGUGCAUCGCUGAUCUAUCAACUGGAAACAAACGAAUGCAAAAUGGAGUUGGUUAUUCAAAGACGGUUGGAUCGUAUCCCCGGGACUAAAUGGAAACAGAUACUCUCCGAAUUCCGUCUUCCACAGUCCGAUCCGACGGAACUGCUUCAUUACGGUCCAAUUUGGAUUCGUCUCGGUCGACUGUGGGGCGCUUUUCGUUCAGACACAACGAGAUUUGCCAGACCCCCCAUCUCAGCCGAUCAGUUUGCUCAUGUGAUCGGUCCACUUGUGCAUUCCAGUCUGAUUUCCGAUGUGCACGAGAUUGGUCGAUCGCUUCGCUGUUUCACCCACAUCCCCGCCAUGAUGCGUCCGAAUUCGAGAUUUAUGCUUUCUGUGGCUAGAAAAUUACUGCGAGAUUUGAUCAAGCGUUCCCAUCGUAUUUCCUUGUCCAAACAAGUGGCUCUCUUUCUGGCCAAUUUGUCCGCCAUUGUGGUGUGCAGACAAACCGGUUGCACACGUGGAGCCUCACUGUACUGUCGGACCUCCCAUAUUAUUCGUACCGAGCCCAUGGAACUCGCCACGACUACGGGACCGGAAGAACCUGAUCUGGAGGUUUACACAGUAGCAGAACAAAUGGAGUUGCUUAACUUACUCCUCGAUAUGCGGCACGUGGAUGUGACUUAUGAAGCUGUUGUGGAUUUAACCGUUCACCUGAGUCACCAUAUCAGUUGGACCACGAUGUCCGCAACUCAAGUUGUCGAGUUCUUGUCUCUGAUACAAAAUGAAUUGCCUCAUUACACACCUCCGAUUGUCCGUGCGAUCUACGCGCACGUCUCAGGGCGUUUGUCCAACAUUGACCUCAGCACCUGGCUGGGGGUGCACACACAACUGAUCCAAUCCAUUCACGUCCGUCCCCGUCAGGGCCCAUCAUCCGCCCUGAACGAGGCUCUUUUAGACGAGUAUCGCAUAUUGCAGUACGGUGCCUUGGGCUGCUGUCUCGGUCGACACUAUGCAAAUCUAUUGUGUCUUAGCCCGACGGGCUUUGCAUGGACAGAUUCGGUCGAUCGUCGCAACUCGGGCGAAGUGGCUGGUGUCACGUGCAGUUCUGUCUCCGAUCAUUUAAUCACCGUGGUUGCUGCUCUGUGCAGACUAGGUGUGGUGCAUCAGUACACGCAUACCUUAUACGGUGCCGUGUAUGUGCAGGUCAGUGUUUUGUGUGAUUCGUAG